GCUCAGUGAGUGUUUGCGGCAGAGGCCACAGUGGCACGCAGACAGAAGCUCGACUCGACUCUGCCGCAGAGCCCAAUGAACGCCCUCAUUUCAGUCUCCUGCAGACAUGACAGCGCUGAAAUGAUGCAGUAUUCACAAACCCCAUCCUCACGAGACAUGGACACCAUCCGCAGGAGGAUGUUAAAGGAGUGAAUAACUGUUACGGAGAGCACUGUUUCGCACUGAAGCGGAUCGUUAGCUUAGCUGGCUAGCAGAUAGAUUUUCAGUCCCUGCUGCUGGGUGGUGUUGCCCGAGGCCGGACAUCAGCGAUGGGAAUCAUUUUCACUAAGUUAUGGAGGCUUUUCAACCACCAAGAACACAAGGUCAUUAUUGUUGGGCUGGACAAUGCAGGAAAGACCACCAUACUUUAUCAGUUCUCUAUGAAUGAGGUGGUCCACACUUCACCCACCAUAGGCAGCAAUGUGGAAGAGAUUGUGGUGAACAAUACACACUUCCUCAUGUGGGACAUUGGAGGACAGGAGUCGCUGCGCUCCUCAUGGAACACUUACUACACCAACACAGAGUUUGUGAUCGUGGUGGUGGACAGCACUGACCGAGAGAGGAUCUCCGUGACCAGAGAGGAGCUCUACAGGAUGUUAGCUCACGAGGAUCUGAAAAAAGCUGGUUUGUUGAUAUUCGCUAACAAGCAAGACGUGAAGGGCUGUUUGACUGUAGCUGAGAUUUCUCAGAGUCUUCAGCUGACUUCUGUCAAAGACCAUCAGUGGCACAUUCAGGCAUGCUGUGCCCUCACCGGAGAAGGGCUCUGCCAGGGUCUAGAAUGGAUGAUGUCACGGCUGCGGGUCAGAUGACCUCUGACCUCAGUGUGCUCUCUCUGCGGAGGCCGGCGGACGCUCACUGUGAAGGGGACUCACCACAGCGUUUAAUUUAUUUCCGAUUAUUGAGAACUGUGAACAAACAAUCUGCAACUAACUCGCUAAAGUAAGUUGGGACUCGCAGACAGCAUCAAUCCAGUGUUUUUCUGCACGAGUGGCCAUAGCAGGGGGCGCACAGACAUUGGACUAAGAGGACUUUCUUUCUCUGUGCUUGACUCUGCCUUGACUGGCCUCGCAGCUUUCCGGCUCCCUGAAAUGGCGCUGUUGUCCAGUGUGAACAGUCCAGUAUUUUCAUUAACCCUGUGCCUGCAGCAGACUCUGACUGAGGUGGCACGGUACCAUGCAAGCGGAGACUGCACUCAUGUAAUAUACAACAAAAUAAAGUGUUUUUAUCUGUCAUGA